AUGGCUAGAUUCUCUUGCACCAAAAUUAUUAUUAUUCUCUUCUAUGUUCUUCUUAUAUCAUGUACUACACUCCAAAAUACCAAAACCAAAGUGAAGGCUUUUCCACUUCACACCAAUGGAAGGUGGAUAGUGGAUGAAGAAGAAGGAGGGAAGAGGGUGAAGCUUGCAUGUCUUAGUUGGAUGGCCCAUGGGCUUGCUGUAGUGGCUGAGGGCCUAAGCAAGCAACCACUUGAUUCCAUUACAAAGAGGAUAAGGCCCAUGGGCUUUAACUGUAUUAGGCUCACUUGGCCUCUUGAAUUAGUCAUCAAUGAGUCUCUUGCUUCUCUCACUGUUAAAGAAUCAUUUAACAGGCUUGGGCUUUUUGAUGAUAUUAAUGGUAUUCAAGCCCACAACCCCUCUAUCUUAGACCUUCCCCUCAUCAAUGCUUUUCAGGCAGUGGUGAAAAGCCUAGGAGACAACAAUGUGAUGGUGAUUUUGGACAACCACUGUACGAAACCAUCAAUGUGUUGUUCUGAAACAGACCAAAAUGGGUUCUUUGGAGACAAGUAUUUUGAUCCACAUGUUUGGAUCAAAGGCCUUACCAAAAUGGCCACCAUGUUUAAUGGAGUCACUAAUGUUGUGGCUAUGAGCUUAAGAAAUGAGCCAAGAGGUCCCAGAUCCAACCUCAAAGAUUGGUACAGGUACAUGGCUGAAGGAGCAGAAGCCGUUCAUGGUGCAAAUCCAAAUGUUCUAGUAAUUGUUUCUGGCCUAGUUUGGGAUCAAGACUUAUCAUUUCUUAAGAAUCAACCAUUGAAACUCUCCUUCAAUGGAAAACUAGUAUUUGAGGUACACCAAUAUAGCUAUGGGAAAGGCCCAGGUUGGCAAAUUGAGAAUCCAAACAAAAUGUGUGCAAAGAUCUUAGGAGAGGCAAUGAGGAACUCUAGCUUUUUACUGGAACAAGGUCGACCAGUGAUGUUGAGUGAGUUCGGCGUGAACAUGAAAGGCACAAACUUGGGUGAUAAUAGGUUUUUGAAUUGCUAUUUGGGUAUGUUGGCUGAACUUGACAUGGAUUGGGCUUUGUGGACACUUGUUGGCAGUUAUUACAUUAGAAAUGGAGAUUUUAUAGUUGGAGCUGAAGAGGUUUAUGGUGUUCUUAAUGAGGAUUGGAUUAGGGUUAGGAAUGCAAGUAUAUUGCACAAGAUCUCAGCUGUUCAACUUCCUUUUAGAGGGCCAGGAUUGUCAUCAAAAGCUAAGCAACACAAAGUGAUUUUUCAUCCGUUGACCGGUCUAUGUGUUUUGACAAAGUCAACAGUUGACCCAUUAAGAUUGGGACCUUGUUCUAAUUCUGAUCAUUGGCAAUACAAACCACAAGAGAAAAAGCUAUCAAUAGAAGGUACCCUUUUGUGUUUGAAAGCAUAUGGAGAAGGGAAGGCACCAAAACUUGGAAGAGAAUGUUCAAGUCCCAAUUCAACAUGGAAAAUGGUGUCUGAUUCUAAGAUGCACCUCUCAUCUAGAGUCAACAAAAAUGGUUCCAGUGUUAGGGUUUGUUUGGAUGUAGACACUACUAAUAACAUCAUUGUUACCAAUACUUGUAAGUGCUUAACCACACAUAAGUCAUGUGAUGCUGAAAGUCAAUGGUUUAAGCUUGUUGAUAGUGUGGGAGGAGGAGUUUAA